AUGUCAGCCUUGAAGCGCGCGGCUCGUCGGCUUGGCGUGUCAAGCCAGCGCUACGGCUCCUUUGAUGAGGAAAAGCUCUCGCCCGAGGCACUUCUCUCUGGUGAGGGGAAGAUCUUUGACAUUGCUCACAUCUCGCGCAAUGACCAGACCUUCACUCCGGAAAUCAUGUCGAAAAAGUCGGCCAAUGGCCAAGACGUGCUCCCCUCCUUCCAGGUGAGGCUCAGCACCGAGGGUGUUGCCAUCAUGUCAUACGACCUGAAUGACGUUAAUGAUGGACAUCGUGUUGAGCGAUCCUUCAGCCUUCGAGUGGUCCAUUCAUUUGGGCUGCAGCUCCCCCGCACCAAGAUGGAGCGGAAGAUGGCCCUGCCACGCAUCCGCAUCAAGUGCCGCGGGUCGGAACUCUGGGAAUUCGAGGGUGCCGAGGCCCCGGACAUCUACAAGACCCUUCACCUGUGUAUUGAGCUUCUCAAGCGGGAGCUAACCCAGAGUGGCGAGAUCUUCCAAUACCAACCAGCAGUCUCGCUGCGUGACGAUGGCCGCUUUGAGGAAGACAACUCCCCGGGCGGGCGCAUGCGUCGAUCUCGCAGCAUGAACAGCUACCGGGCCGGCCCGGCUCCGGGCGGGGCCGACUUCGCCAUGGGCCAUGAUCGCGCCGGGUCGGACAUGGCCGGCACCAGCGUCGAGCCAAACACCCCGGAAGCCGGCGCCCGACUGGUGACGGUCCAGCACUCGACCUCGGCGACCCUGGGGCCCGGAAGCCCGGGGGCCCUCCCCCGGAGUGGCAGUCACCCGCAUUUGUCGCAGUCUGCCACAUGGACCGGGGCCCCGGGGCCCGGCGAGGCCUUCCCAACGUUGGAGCCCCCGCGCCCGGCUUCGGCCGCGUCCGGGGUCGGCUUGCGUCGGUCACACACCCUGCGAGUGGCUGGCGACGCGGCGGGCUUCGGCGCGGCUGCCAUGUCCCCCGGCACACCGCCGCCCUCUUCGGGGAUGAUUCGCAGUGGUAGCGCACACUUCCCGGCGGCCGUGGCCGGGGCGCCGCAUGCGCCGUCGCCCGUCCAUCCGGUCUCAAUGGAACUAACCCCCUGGGCACAGGCCAUGCCGGCUACUCCGGUGGCCGCCGCACCAGCCCAGGCCAUCCAGCCAUGCCCGGGCAUCCCGGCGGCCUUCGGCCAGGUGACCACCGCGCCGACGUCACCGCGGCGCGAGCUUUGGGAAGAGGUCUUCCAGGAGGUGACCAGUGUCCCGACAGCGGCAGGCCCGGUCCCGGCGGCUGCUGGCCUCGGGCACCCGGGCGCCGGGCCGGCAACUGACGGAGCCCCGGGCGGCCGGCGAGCCGGCAUUCAGCCAACUGCCACCCCUACUUCGUUGCAAUCCGCCACCGGGGUCCCGGCCACCGGGUAUGUCCUGCCGGCGGGGCUUUGCCAUGCUGCGCCGGAUCCCUUCGCCAGCAUGCCAGUUGCCGGUGCGGGGGCGCCAGCCGCCAGCAGCACGGCCUCCCGGCUCCGGCCCGACGCCUUUCCCGUGGGCCCAGGCUUGACUGUUCCCGUGGUCCAGGCGCCGGUGUUGAUGCACCAGCCGCAAUAUCUGCCACCCUCGGCCACGGGGGGGGCAAUGCAACCGCCUCGGCACUUCGGCGGGGCGCCUGCCGGGGGAGGAGAUCCCUUUGCCGCUGCUUGGUCCGGGCCGGCCGAGCCGCCGUGUCAAACCUCCGACCCUUUCCUCGUGACGCCGGCUCAGCCGCCCGCCCAGUCGGGAGGCGUCAGUGCAUCGGCAAAUUGGUGGGACUGA